AUGGUUGAGAAUCAAGAUCAAGGCCCGUAUUAUCAAAUAAAUGACACAAAAAAUUCUGACCUGCUGCGUGAACGUCGAUCAGCAACAUUCGAUAUUGAACAGUUAACGCAAUUCAUGUUUGGCGGUCCAAACAGUUACUUUAAUAUUAACAAACGCCGCCAACUGACUCGUCUUGCCUAUGCUCAUCCGAUUCAUAAGACUCAUUUACCAUUGGAAUAUCUCGAUGCUGACGAAUUCUACGCCUUACUUAUACGUAAAAGUUUCGUUGCUAUUAAGGAAGCUGAACGUCUGAACAUAACCGAUCGAAAAUUUCUUGGCUGGUUCUUAAGCGUUUUUACCAAUGGUCGAUUUAUUUUUGGUCUGCACACCAGUAUGUUUCUGCAUACGUUAGAAAACAUGGCCAGCGAUGAGCAGCAAGAGAAAUUUUUACCAUUAGCUCGAUCUUUUCAAAUUAUUGGUACUUAUGCUCAAACGGAAUUGGGCCACGGUUCAAAUGUGCAACGAUUAGAAACCGAAGCUGUUUUCGAUGGUAAAACAGAUACAUUUGUCUUGAAUACACCAACAUUAACAGCGACAAAGUUCUGGCCUGGUGCAUUAGGCCGAUCGACAAAUUAUGUUCUAUUGAUGGCGCAAUUGUACACACCCGAUCGAAAUCAUCCGUGUGGUUUACAGAUGUUUUUUGUACAAAUUCGAGAUUUGAAUACACACGAGCCAUUACCUGGAGUGGAAGUGGGCGAAAUCAGUACACGAUUUGCGCAUGAAGUUGGCGAUAAUGGAUACCUUCGCUUAACGAACGUACGCAUUCCACGAAAUCAAAUGUUGAUGAAAUUAGCCUACGUCGAUGAGCAAGGCACUUUUCAUCGUUUGGGUGAUCCUCGUUUGCUCUAUGGUGCAAUGUUAGCAACACGUGUCAAUCUAUGUGCAUUCUUUUCGAUCUUACUUGCUCGCGCUGUUACGAUUGCUAUGCGAUAUUCAGCUGUUCGACGUCAAGGACAAAAUCCCGAUGGCAAAGAAACACUCAUUUUGGACUAUCCAUUGCAGCAAGAAAAAUUAGUACCAUGUCUUGCAGCUACAUACGCAUUCUUCUAUUCGUUUAUAAAACUCGAACAUUUCCGCGCAUCUAUUCUCGAUGGUGAUACAAUUCUAUUUGAGCUCUUACCGGAGCUUCAUGCUAUUUCGUCUGGUUUGAAAGCGUAUACAUCGACACAUGGUGAGCGAUGGUCUCAAAUAUGUCGUGUAGCUUGUGGUGGCCAUGGAUUUCUAGUAGCCAGCGGCAUUAAAGGUAUAAACAAUAUGUUAGAUGCUGGUUGCUCGUACGAAGGUGAUAACGCUGUCUUGUAUCAACAAACAGCUAGAUUUCUUUUGAAAGUAAUACAACAAUUGGAUGAGAAUACGGAAACUAAUCCAGACUCAUCGAUUGCUUUCCUAUACUCAAACAGGGUAGCACCAGCUACUGUUGUUAAUUUAGACGAUUACUGCCGAUUAUUCGAAGCACGAUCAGAAUUAUUGUUGAAAUCAAUGUCAACUCGAUUGAGUGAACUAUCGUCAUCAUCAUCGACACCGUAUAGUGUAUUUUCUAAAAAUUCCAUCGAGCUCGUUCAUGUGGCAAAAGCUUAUGUUGAAACAUUUGUUUUGCGAGCAUUCUACGAUGGUGUACGAAAGGCUUCCGAGCAUAAAGGACUGGCGUUAGUUUUCGAGCAACUCUUCCAUGUUUUCGCUAUCGAUACUUUACGCAACUCAGCAGCGGAUUUCAUUCGACUAAAAUUGCUCACACCUGAUCAAAUCUAUCAAUUGGAAACCUACGGUUUACCAGAUAUGUAUGCUCGUCUUCGACCAAACCUAGUCGCACUAGUUGAUGCAUUCGAUUUCCAUGAUAAUGAAUUGAAUUCAUGUCUUGGUCGUUACGAUGGUCAAGCUUACGAGGCAUUGAUGGAACGAGCCCGUCUCAAUCCAGCAAAUCGUUAUAAAGUAAAACGUUCGGAGCUCGUUGAUAAUUCUUAUUUUUCUUUUUCAUGUGAUACUGCAGGUUCAUCCAGUUUGGACAUCGAUAAAACAAAACGCGAAAUCUAA